GCCUACAUCUUCGCCUCUAUCAAGGAGGAUAAACAAACAGGUCGAUGUACCUUUGCCAUGCUAGCCAGAACCUGCAGCGCUCUCAGUGAAGCUUCACUGGACGUGCUCUGGAGCGAACUGGAUAGCUUGCAUCCGCUAGCAUCGUGCAUUUACAUAGCAAACACUAUGACAUUGAGCGAUGAGCAUAUCGCAGAAGCUGCCGACGACCCGAAACCGGAUUUAUCUAUCUUCUACAAAUAUGCUCAUCGUGUCCGAAAGUUAGACCUUUCCGGACAACAAAGAUUCUUGAGGCGCGGUGGAUACCCCUCCCUCCCCGAAGAUUUAGGUGCACUACUCUAUUACCCACUAAACUCCCCUAUCCUCCCGAACCUCAGGCACUUAGCUUGGGCGCCUGGGAUGGGUUUCAAUUUACUUCGUCAUCUGCUCGGUCCUCACUUGCUGUCUCUGAAAAUACCUGCCCACCGCUGGAGCUCGGCAUCCAAUUUAUUUUCCCUAACCAAAGUCCCUGGACUUUGCCCGAAAAUCAGAUCAUUGACACUCCAGGUUAAUUCUUGGGAUGGACAUUUGGAGACGGAAUCAGUCCAAAGCACGCAGUACAUAUCUCAGGUAAUCUGCUCUUGGGAAAAACUCGAGGAACUGGACUGCAACCCCAUGACCUGUGAUGGUGUUCUACGCCUAUCUGGGUUGGCAUCUCUCAGAAUUCUGCGACUGCAGGUCACCACCUCAUCUAUUGUUGACCUACCUCCAGACUCCCUUUCAUUUCCAUCCCUGCAUACUUUCCAAGGAACUUGCAGUUCGGAAAUUAUCGAGGUCCUCCUACGCCUCGUCAGUCGAGAUACAUUACACCACGAACUUCGAAAUUUUAGCCUACAUCUCCCACCCCUUCUGGGAGAUGAUCCUUACAAUAUCUCUGACAUGUUACAACCCCUCUUCCAUUGUUGUGAACUUCGCACAUUAUCUAUACGAAUGACAUCGCCAUUCACUCUGAGUGACGGUGAUUUGCGUAUGAUGGCUGCCGCUUGGCCACAACUCGAGGAACUCGAACUGAUCGAUUUACGACCACGUGCGAGGCACACUCUCACUGCCCUCACUCAACAACUUCUGCAGCACACAACUAAUGUGGGUCCUGGCCAGCCAAACCAGGCUCCACAACCUCCGGUGGUUCAUGUGAACCAACACCACGCAAUACCUAUUACGACACUUCUUGGGAAUCCUGUAUUUCCAGGGUUCUUUCCACCGGACCAUUUCUUCCCUAGCAGAUCGCGUACCACUGAGAUUACCUUUCACGGCCUCAUUUCGCUCCUGCAGCUAUGUCCAAAUCUUUACUACUUUGACCUAGCACUCGACGCUACCAAACUAGAUGGUCUGCAAGGCGAUAGACCAGGCGGCGGAGUUUGCAAUCGACUGGUCAAGCAUGCCAAGCUUGUCGAUUCGCCCAUUGGUGAUCCUGAGGUGGUUGCUCACAUCCUCCUCGAUAUACUUCCUGAGCUUGAUCCCCUUGCUGGGCUAAAUGUUCCACUCCCAGCUCCACAUCUGAACUGGGUGCCUCACAACAUGACGCCUCAAGGGUGGAACAUGGUUCGUCAGAUAAUGCUUGAUUCGAGAAAUGCAACGACGCAAUCUGCUAGCCAAAUCUAAUUCAGAAGUAUUCGUUUUGUAUACCUACAUAUAUGUAAACUUCCCUGUGCAGACUCUGUAUUGCUAUGGCUCAACCUCGAUUGCUCUAUGAUCACUUCCGGGCUGCUUACUAUAUGACGACUACCAAGGGACCAGCGUGAGUUGCUAGUGUAGCUAAGUGCACCAGUUACCAGAGAAGUUCGGGACUAUGGCGCUGGUGCUAUUCAAGUAUUCCACUAAAUAAUCGUCACGGCGUUCGGCCGCGCCAGCGCCCGACACCUGUAAUCUGAUAGUGCCCCAACUUACAUGGUAUCUAUGGACCC